AUGGCGGAAGAGAAGGUGAAGCGGGUGAAGGAGUGGAGAGAGAGAGAAAAGGCCAGAUGGGACGAGCUUGUCCAACCGUCUACACUGUUUGAGGCGGGGCUGGGACCGCAGCCGAAAGGCGGAGACCUCGGCCGGGCGGAAUUGGAGGCGAGGAGAAAAGCUCAGGAGAUAGAGGAUCGGGCCAUUCUGGCAAAGGCCGCGAAGUUCAAGGAGGCGCAGAGGGACCGUCCGCCUCAACCGAUCGCGCGGGAGAGAAUCCGACCGCGCCCAAGGCCGUUGGGUGAAAAAGACUUAAGCAGUUUUAAGCCGCAGCCGCCGCCUGUAGACCCUAUAAAGGAAAAGGCUGGAAAGGCGGUGGAAGCUCUAAAAAAGAAAAAGAAGAAGAGGAGCGCCCCAGAGGAAGCAGCAGAUGCGUUUGGGGCCAAAAGGGCUAGGGCGGCCCCAACUGAGGUGGAGGUCCCCAUGGCCAAGGACGCCCCAGAGGUGGUAGAGAUCAUCCCAACGGUGGAGGUUGUGGAGAUUGCUCCAUCAGUGCAAGUAGGGGCUGGGUCGACUGAGGCAGUGCCGAGCGGAAUGGAACAGGUCCAGAAGAGGACUGACCCCCAAGAAGGAGGGGUUCAUCUGGCUACGGCGAUCUAUCAUGCGCGCGCGGUAGCUAGAAGGUUGGAGGGAGAAGAAGGCCCAGCCAGGGCGGGGGCAGACCGCCUGGUGAAGAUUAUGGAGGAGACGGCUCUGCGCGCGGCAUCAGGGUAUAACGAGGCCGACCUGCUGAGGGGUUAUGCUCCGCCCAAAUGGAGAAUUGGAGAUUUGUUGAAGGAGUUGGGGGAGGAGCGCGCCAGAGCAAAGGAGGAGAAGGGAAGGCUUCUGAGGGCGUGGGAGAUAGAGAAGGCGAAGGUGGUGGCGGAGCUGGAGAGUCUGAAGAAGGGGGUGGAGGAGGAGAGGGCGACGGCGGCGGCUGAAAGGGGGGCCCUGCAAAGAGAGCUGGACGAGAAGAAGGCGAAGGCGGCGUCUGAAAAGGCGGCCUACCCUGAUCUGUGCGUCGCAGCAGUGGAGCAAUAUAAAGGGUCCUCCGAAUUUCAGAUGGUGGUGGACGCUGCUGUCGCCAGGAGUCUAGCUAGUCAAGAGUCGGGGGGGUGGGCCCAUCAAGGAAGACUGCUGGAGGUAGGACAGAGAUAG